AUGUCGCCAGACGGGGGCGCGACCUUUGCUUUUUUUUUCACUUUUUCCCUGUGCGGUGGCGCUGUGUCGUGGUGUUUCUCGCAACCGCGUCCAUGUCGCACGCGCGUCGGAUUUCUCAGAACUGAGGAGGCCACGGGAAUUUCCAGACUUCGGGAAGGUGUAAUUUUCCGGCGGCGACGUUGCCGCGCGAGAAGCCGACUAUCGUAUGGAUGUCCGCCUGUGGCCCCAGGGCGACGGAGAUGUGCCGCGCACCUCGCUCGCGGCUCUUCAGAUCGCCGAGCUCGAUCUCUCUAUCCUGAAUUAGUUGGGCCCUGCGGCGGACUCGUCACCGGCGAUUUCUCAGCGGCCUCCACGCCGCUGAGUGCGUCUGGGAUUGCUAUUGAGGGCUGCUGCCAUGGCGAGCUCGACGCGAUCUACAGGACUUUGGCGCGCAUCGAGGAGAAGCACAACAUAAAAAUUGACCUGCUCAUUUGCUGUGGAGACUUCCAGUGCGUGCGAGACGCGAGCGACUUGCAGUAUCUCGCUUGUCCGCCCAAGUACAGAGACCUGAAGGACUUCCCUGCAUACUACCAGGGCGAGAAGGAGGCGUAUUGCCUCACCGUCUUUGUCGGCGGAAACCAUGAGGCGCCAUCCGUCCUUCGCGAGCUGUACUACGGGGGUUGGGUCGCGCCGAAAAUUUUUUACCUAGGUCACGCGGGCGUCAUCAAGGUGGGGGGAUUGCGCAUCGCGGGGCUCUCAGGAAUCUACAAGCAGCAGGACUACAAGAAAGGCUACUUUGAGAGACCUCCAUACGACGACAACACGAUGCGAAGCGCCUAUCACGUUCGCGAGUUCGAGAUUUCAAAACUCAGCGUGCUGAGCGGCCGACUGGACAUCGUGGCGACGCACGACUGGCCCGAAGGGAUCUACGAGUUCGGCGACAAGGCAGAGCUGCUUCGAUUCAAACCGUUUCUUGAGAAGGACAUCCAGGCGCAUGUGCUCGGGAAUCCACACACGAUGGAGUUGCUGAAGAAGCUGAAACCGUCCUUCUGGUGCGCCGCCCACCUCCACGCACAGUUUGCGGCGGUGUAUGUCCACCCGGAGCCCGAAGGAAAGGCGACGCGCUUUUUGGCGCUUGACAAGGUUCUUCCGUGUCGGCGAUUUCUUCAGAUCCUUGAAGUGGACCCCGACCUGCCGGCUGGAUACGUGCAGACUCUCUCGCCAGACCUCGGUCGUCAGUCGAUGGACCCUCAGAUUUGCUACGAUCGACAGUGGCUGGCGAUCCUGCGCGCGAAUCAACGCCGAAUCCCCACGCACAGGUCUCCGCAUCAGUCGACUACAGCAAUCCCGCCGAGUGCAGAAGACGUUGCGGCAGUGGAGAGGAACUUAGAAAAUGCAGGGCUGAAGCGCACGCGGCUCCGCUCCAACGGGGGCCUGCAUCUCAAGGUCUUAUCGGCAGCCGCAGUCGCGCCAAACAGCGCCUCCGCGGACAGGCCCCUACAACAGGAAGACGCUCUCGCGCCUGCUGCAGAGCCAUCGACGUCCGCCGCCCCGGAUGAACCCCGCUGCGGCUCGCCAUGCGCUCAGCGCCGGAGCGGAGGCGCGCGAGGCCCUGGCGGGGCUUCUCCCAGCCCCCGCGAUCACGGCGCUGCCGACGAGGUGGGUUUCGCGUGGCCUGAUUGGGCGGAUGCCCGCGCGCCUUACAGAGAUUUGAAGAGGCAGCGCCUGUUCCUGUUGAAACUUUUGGGCUUCGACGAAGCGGACGACAAAUUUGGCGACGCCCCUCCUGCGCCUGUCGAGGACAUCGAGAUCCCGGUCAACUGGGGCACGACUGCAAGCGCACAGCCUAAAACGACCGAAGAAUUGGAUAUUUGUCUCGAUAUUUCUGACGAAGAGGAAGAGGCUAGUGACGCGAACUGCGAGGUGCCCGCGUAG